GUUCACGGCCCUGAAGCCCCACCCACUCACGGUGGGUAAAAAGGAGUCCUCGGUGUCGUCACGGCUCCACUGCAGCGAUUCAAGCCGACUUCUCUUGGAACUUUGCCAUUUUCUAGCAUCUGGACCUGACUACUUCCUGGAAACGUCCUCAAAAAAAGGAUUACCCACAAUGCCGAGGUGGGGCGGAGGCAACACGUGCACGGCGUGUGGCGGCACGGUGUACCACGCCGAGGAGGUGCAGUGUGACGGCAAGAGUUUCCACAAGCAAUGCUUUCUCUGCAUGGUGUGCAGGAAGGGUCUGGACAGCACCACGGUGGCCAUCCAUGACCGGGAGGUGUACUGCAGGUCAUGUUACGGCAAGAAGUACGGCCCUAAAGGGUACGGCUACGGUCAAGGUGCCGGUACCCUCAACAUGGACCGAGGAGAACGACUGGGGAUCAAACCAGACCAGAGCCCGUCUCACAAGCCCACCACCAACCACAACCCCUCCAAGUUUGCACAGAAGUUUGCAGGCUCAGAGAAAUGUGCUCGCUGUGGUGACUCCGUGUACGCCGCUGAGAAGGUCAUGGGGGCAGGCAAGCCGUGGCACAAGAACUGCUUCCGCUGUGCUAAAUGUGGCAAGAGUCUGGAGUCCACCAACCAGACGGAGAAGGAAGGGGAAAUCUACUGCAAAGCUUGCUACGCCAAGAACUUCGGCCCCAAAGGGUUCGGCUACGGCCAAGGGGCCGGCGCCCUGGUGCACGCCCAGUGACCUCGCUCUCCCCUUCAAAAUAAAACCUCCUCCUGUUGA